UGAAAGUCAUUGUCACUCAGAUUAGAAGCACAAAAAACACAAAACCAUAAAAAUUACAGCUUGUUUUUGUUUCCCUUUGCAGAAAACGUGAACUAUGCAAAUUUCUAGUUCCUAGCUCCUAGCUAGCUUUCCCUCACAAUUUUCCAUUUUUCCAAUCAGAACUAACUUGUCCAAUUUCAAAUUUCGAAUUUCACUCUCCACCACCCAGAUCCUCUCGUUCUACGCUCGUAGACUUGUUUCAGCAAGGCAUGUAUAAGAACCGGUUGCAAGAAUUGGCUCAAAGAAGCUGUUUUAAUUUGCCAGCCUAUUCAUGCAUCCGAGAAGGGCCUGAUCAUGCUCCUCGUUUCAAGGCAACCGUCAGCUUCAAUGGAGAGACAUUUGAAAGCCCUACAUUCUGCUCUACCUUAAGACAGGCAGAGCAUGCAGCGGCCGAGGUGGCUCUUAACACUUUUGCAAAAAGGGGCCCCUCUAGAGCUUUGGCUGCUAGGGUUCUGGAUGAAACUGGAGUAUACAAGAAUUUGUUGCAGGAAACUGCUCAUAGAGCAGGACUAAAUCUUCCUGUGUAUACUACCAUUCGAUCUGGACCAGGCCACGUUCCUUCCUUCUCAUGCACAGUUGAGAUUGCAGGAAUGUAUUUUGUUGGAGAUCCAGCUAGGACCAAGAAACAGGCUCAGAAAAAUGCUGCUAUGGCUGCUUGGUAUGCAUUGAGAAAAUUAUCAGAGCAUCAUUUAUCUUCUUCAGCUUCAUCCUCAUGUUCUUCGGGGUAUAAAGGCAAUGAAGAACAGGAACAAGUUGUAAUCGCUCGGGUUCUAGCAAGCUUACAUCCAUCCGAGGCAAGACCCCUUUUAGAAAGUGUCAAUCAACAUAGAUGGCAAAAGUCAACGACAACAACAUCCUUCAUGUCAACACAGCCGAUUCCGGCCAUAUAUCCUCUGCAAUGGCAGCAUUGUGGAAUAUCUGGUUUCUCCCCUGAAGUGGCGCUGUAUCAUUUUUGGCAGCAAGAACAAAUUAUGCAGCAGCAAAAUCGCCUGUUGGCACUAACCAUUCAGCAAGCUAUUCCAUCUGCUCCACCGAUUUAUCCUAUGAUGCACUCUGUGCUUCAGCCAGAGCACUGUGUUUAUUUUCCGGCUAGAGAACUAGCAUCAGUUCAUGUUGGACCGAAGUUCCCUAUUGCUACAUCAAGGCCUUCAUUUUACUUAUCAAAUCAAAUUGUUCCCGAAUUAAGCAGAUGCAGGUCAACAGUAACCAUUAGAGAGAUACAAGAGGAAAAAGCAGAGGAUCCCCCAGCUUGCAACACUAGUACCGAGGCCAGAGUUCUAACACUACCUUCAGAUGAUGAAAGACUGAAGCACGGUGGCUCUGAAAGUGGAAGCAGAAAUGCUGAGCUUGGAGGUGAACAAAAUGGGAAUUCAGAAUGGACUUCUCAUAGGAGCAUGGGCACUGUUCAUAGACCAGUUAAUAUUAACAAUUCCUAUCUCAGGGCACAUUCUGAAGCAAGUUCCAACAGAAGUUUCAGACCCCAAGGAACUGCUUCUUCCAUGGUGAGAACAGUCGGUCCUACUUCAUCGGCGGGGUUCAGACCACAACACAGGGAGGUACCUCUGGCUUCAAGGAUGAGAACUGGUGUCCCAGCAGGAAUGCUAAGAGGGACUACUCCUCGGUUCAUGGCGCCACCUGUGAGGAUCAGAUCAGUAGUUCCAGUAUGCUCAGCUCCUCCUCCAAGGAGAUCCGUAUCAGAGGAUUCCAGAGUCGAAGAAACAGAUGAUCUGAAACUCCAAGACCAAGAAGUCUCAAGAACAAACUCUGAUCUUGGCAAUCUUAGAAUAUGAGUAAUAUACUAAUAUAUACAUACUAAGGAUAGAUAUUUAGUUGAAGAAAAUGCAAGGUUUGUGCCAGAUAAUAUGGUGCUUUUUGGAGUAAAGAAAAAGGUUGGCAUCUCUUUGAUGAUAUUAAUUAUGCCAAGUUAGAAAUACAUGUGUGAUCUGUUGUCAUAAAAAUUAUUGAAUCUAAAGGGUGGAGUAGAAGAAAUACUUGCGUAUUCUUCAUCGAAGUAGGAAAAUCCGCCGGUUAAUUAUAAAUUGGGGCUUUGUUACUUAAAUAAAAUAAAGGAGAUUCAAUGUUACAUGAAUCUCCUAAAUUAAUUUUUUGUUA